CUGUAGUUAGGCAUUUCUUGCUUAUCACAUACUACAAGGAUUGCCUAUCGCUCUAUCGUGUAAGUGAAUGGCUUCCAGCCAAUUCCAACAUGAUCCAUCAAUGCCAUGAAAUCCCCCUCAGUCUCUAUGCCCCUCUAAGGCUAGCUUACAGUAGCUGUGCAUGAUACCUUACUUGCAUAUGUACGAUGCUGAGAUAUUUUCACGGUAUCUUAUUUCCUUCUUUUGCAACUACUUGUAGUAUUAUCUAUCUUGGUUUUGCUACAGAUUCAUAUUUCCGCCGUGACAAACAAGAUACACUAUUUUACCUGAAUAGGAGACAUCACUCCGUUACCACCGACAAGAUGGCCAUCCAAAACCAAGUCAAGACUCCAUUUCAGACUCUGUUCGCUGUGCCAAUGACCUGUGAUCAUUGUGUCAAGUCAGUAUCCGAUGCCUUGUAUAGCCUCGAAGGUGUCACCAAGGUCGAAGCCAACCUAAAGGAUCAACUCGUGACAGUUGAGGGAACUGCUGCGCCAUCCCGAAUAGUGAGUACCAUCGAAGCAACAGGUCGAGAUGCUAUUCUACGUGGCUCCGGUGCAUCUAACGGCGCAGCUGUGUGCAUCCUCGAGACAUACCAUCGCAACGAGAAAGGUGGUGAAGCGUUGGUGCCUGCUUCCGCUUCCGAGGCGGCAACUGAAGGAUCAGGAGUAAGCGAUAGGGAGGUCAGGGGCUUGGCUCGCAUGGUGCAAGUCUCUCCUACAACCACCCUGGUGGACUUGACUGUCCGAGGGGUUGCGCCUGGAACAUACUCAGCCAGCAUCCGAGAGUACGGCGACCUCAAACUCGGCGCUACAUCUACGGGCCCGGUAUGGGCAGGCGGGGAUGGCGCUACUCAACCUCGUGGCAUCUUGGGCACCAUUCAAAUAGGCACCAACGGGCGGGGCGCAGUAUUUCUAGACCACCCAUUUCAAGUCUGGGAAGUAAUCGGACACGCUAUGGUCAUUUCCAAGCAGCAGGAGGGAGAAAGCGAUACGCAGGCGGAGCUGGCGAAUGACGAGAACACCGUAGUCGGCGUCAUCGCGAGGAGUGCCGGCAUGUGGGACAAUGACAAGACGGUGUGCUCGUGCACCGGGAAGACGCUUUGGGAGGAAAGAAAAGACGAAGUAAAGAAAGGCAUGAUCUGAUGUUUGUUUCCGAUGACUCGAUAUGUCAUUACUAGUUCCCCAGAUCGAAACUUACCCAGGUACAUACAUACUCCUAAACCGAGCAAGGAUCGCCUACAAUAGCAGUCCAUCGGCGCCCAAUGCGCGUGUUUGGAAUGGCAGGCGGGUAGGCAGGCAGGCAUCACGAA